AUGAAGUUUCUCAGUCUUCUGGUAAUUGGUGGCGCUGUAGCUUCAGCUCAAAAUAUUAAUAAUGGCGGAUCCUCGAAUUUUACGGAUGUGGGCACGAACUUCACCACGAAUGCCACAUAUUCGAACCCGAUCAUGACAUUGAACGUUGGAGAUCCAUGGAUGACGAGGUACCAAUCGAACGGUGAAGGAUGGUAUCUCUUCACGUAUUCCACCAACGACAACGUGACGCUGAAGCGCUCUCAAUCUCUGACAGAUGACUGGGACCAUGCCGAUGAGAGAGUGGUGUUCAAUCCAGAUCCAAAUAGCGGCUUGCCGUAUGCCACCGAUCUCUGGGCUCCGGAAAUCCACAACAUCUCCGGAACCUGGUACAUAAUCUUCAGCGCGACGCCAGACUUCGAUGCCCCGCCACCACUUGUUGACGCAAUGUGUCCGUUCGAAUGCCCAGCCGUCAAUCAUCGAAUGUUCGUCUUGCAAGGGGACGGUCCAGAUCCUUGGACUUGCAAUUUUACCAUGAAAGGAAUGCUCGAUACUUUCGAUCAGUUCGCUAUCGAUGGGACGUUCUUUCAGUAUAAUGAUCAGCUGUACCAUAUUUACAGCUGUUGGGAAAACACUUACAGUGCUUGGCCAGCAAAUCUCUGCAUUACUCAGCUUUCGGAUCCUUGGACCGUGGCAUCGAAUCUGACGGAUCGGAGAAUGAUUUCUGUGCCUGAUCAGCCAUGGGAGCAGGUACCGUAUGGCCGAGCUGGGAGGUUAGCAACGAACGAAGGUCCCGAGCAAUUGACGAAUCCCACCACUGGGCAAAAUUUCGUCGUAUACUCAGCAGCGAGAGUGAAUACACCGUUCUAUUGUCUCGGUAUGCUAGAGCUUGUUGGAAACGAUCCCAUGCAGUACCAAAGCUGGAAGAAGCAUACAGAUGGAUGUGUGUUCCAUCAGAAUACCCAAGCUGGCGUUUAUGGAACUGGACAUGCCAGCUACACGACCAGUCCUGAUGGAAGUGAGGACUAUGUGGUAUAUCAUGCUUUGACCACGCCUAAUCCACCUUCAAACAUCUAUCGAACUGUGAGAACGCAGAAAUUCACUUGGAACUCAGAUGGUACUCCAAACUUCCCUCUGGCAGCAAAUGGGCCAUUUCCGGUUCCUGCAGGGCAAGCGCAUUGA